AUGAUACUACGACCGGGCGCCCGGGCGCUCGCAGUGGCGCUAUCUAGCGGCAGCAGAUGCCUUCGCAGAUCGCACCGAGACAUUAAUGUGCGUAGGCAAGUGCGCCCCUCCGCUUCGAAUGCGCUUUCCGUCCCCCACACUUGCUGGCUGGAUUUUCGGCGAUUGCUCCACGCAUUGUCAUCAAAUCCUUCAACUGUAACAGGAGAAUCGGCCCCGGCUCAAACGAUAACGCUGACGUUCAUACUUCCCGACAACUCUGAAAAGUCAGUCCAGGCCAAGAUUGGAGAUACUAUCUUGGAAGUCGCGCACGCAAAUGACAUUCCGCUUGAAGGGGCUUGCGAAGGAUCUUGCUCAUGCUCAACCUGUCAUGUAAUCUUGGACCAGACGCUGUAUGAUGAGCUGCCCGAGCCAUCAGAAGAUGAAGAAGAUAUGCUGGACUUGGCAGCGUGCCUGACCCCAACCUCGAGACUGGGAUGCCAAAUCCACAUAACGCCUGAUCUCGACGGUGCGAAGAUACGGCUUCCACAGUUGACGAGGAAUUUCUACGUCGACGGUCACGUUCCAUCACCCCACUGA